CAGGUUCAGCCGCGUGUUUCCCUAUACAGCUGAGGAUGCAUGUGCCACGUGGAUGGCUGUUGCUACUUGUGCUGCUGUUGUCAGUAUGCUUCAGCCUCAGUGGAGCACGCUCGUACCGACUUUCACCCGAGGAACCUGAAGAGGAACCAGACGACAUUGACCUGGAGAGCGAGGGCGACGAACCAUCAGAGGAAACUGAAGACCCGAGGAUGGAUGAAGAAGAAACGGAAGAAGACGGAAUCGAAGAAGAUGGAGUGGAAGAUGAUGGAUCGGACGAAGAGAAUAUGGAGGAGAGAAUGGGAGAAAAAACUCACGGAAGAGCUCAGGGGCGGCUGACCGUUCAACGUGGUGAGACGAUCUUGCGUGCCGAGCGUCACGCGAUCCGCCAGUUCGAGAUUCACAUCCAGCUGGGCCGGCAGUUCGAGCAAAACCUGACCAGCAUGCGCGAGCUGGUCGCCACCGAGAUGGAGAAGAGCCGCACCCGACGCGAGAUGGUCGACUGCCAGAAGAAGAUGGCCAAGAUUGACAAAAUUCUCACUCAAGUGAAAACCAGAACGGACGAGUCGGAAAUGCGGUUCCGGAAGCUCCUGAAGCGAAUCCUGUCCGGCGAUAUCCGUUCCGAGCGAAGGUGUCACACCCUGCUUCAGGGACUGCUGUCCGGAUAUCGCACGUCACUGCAAAGCGUCGUCCGCAAUUCGGCCGGCUUUCUACGGAGCAUCGCUCGCGGGGUUUCUGGUGCGCUGGCCCACCUGGGCCGGGGUAUCCUCGACGUCUUCAAGCUCAAGUUCGAGCCGUUCAAGCUCGCCAUCGACGCCAUCACAAAUCGAAGGCGAUUUCGUAGGCCCUUCGGCAGCAUGGUAUUUGGUCGCUGAAAAAGAAACUAAAAGUCGAAAGCGACAAUAGAAAAAACACAAUGCACUCCUUCGCAUUGCAUGGGCGCGUGUGGACGUGUAUGAAUAAAAAUACAUAUUUGCAAGUGCGGGUUUAUAUCUUUGCGCACUAGGCGGACAUAUCCCCGGUAUGCAGCCAUGUCCAGAAACGAACCUGUAACAUGGGAUGGUGGUGCACUGUUUCUCUGGACAUUACCUCAAAACGAUAUACACCUGCAGAAACACAGCACUUGAAAUGGGCCGAGCAUCCAUCAACAAAGGUCCUAGAAAAUGAUGGAGCAAGAGUUUGUAAUCAACUCGCCCAGCCACACAUUUUAAGAGUUUGCAAAGCUGUUAGGAGGACACAUAGUUAUCAACGCUAGCUCUAAA